AUGAACGAAUCGGAAAGCAGCAGGGCGAUUCUUCACCUUGGUGCCUUAUACAAUACACCCACUAUACUCACAGACUUCCACCGCGGUGAGCAUACCGGUGUCGUGUCUCUGGUCAGCCCGUCCAUUCGAAGCCUUCUCCUUGCCUUUCUUGCCUUCACCUGCGUCACAAUUACACAGUUUUACGGCCGAUUGUAUGUGCAAUGUAAAACGUCAGGAUCUGCGAGGACGGGAGAACAACAGUUGAGUCAGGAACCUCGCAAGAAGGAACGUAAAACUGGCUCAAGCGUCAACUAUCUAGUGUGUGGUGGCUUCGUGGCCAGCCUUGUCCGACCAGAACCAAGCAACUAG